UUGUCUCCUUUUCAGGCUGUGUUAAAACAUGAAGAUGGAGAAAAUGAUGGAAAACCAUUCCUAGGAACUUUCAUUGAAAGAUCCAAAAACGUCACGCCUUCCUCAAGAGGAUCUAAUCGAGAACGUCGGAAAAGUCGUCGCCAUUCAACUCCUCAGCUACCUACAUUUACAUCUCCGAAGUCCCCUCCACCUGCUUCUCCUACUACAAAAAAACCGUCACUACCAUGGGCAAGGAGAGACAGUCGUGAGGCAGAGAAACCGAGCGAACCCCCUGCUCCUGUUUCUGACACUGGUAUCGAUAUAGACGAUGACACUGGUAUAACACCAGCCUUACGACGUCGUCGAGAUGCUAGAAACAGAACUUUAACAGGUCAGAACGAUCCAAAUUAUCCAUCCGCUCCUCCUCCAACUCUUCCAUCGCCAGAGGUCAAGGAGAAGCCCGCUUUCCAUAGCGACAGAGCAACGAGACCGUCCUUGGUGAGCAGACAACGGUCCUUAUUCGAAAAUCAAAAAGAAAAAGAAGAGGAACCAGUUGCAGCUCGGAGACAGAGUCGUGGAGAAACAACAUCCUUCAUCAAACAGCAAGUUACACCAGAACCAGCUUCACCUACAAAACCAACGCUUGCACGGCAAAACAGUCUGACAGCUUCCGUUCCUUCCACGCCACCGCCCGCCGUGCCGAAGCCUUUCUUCGGCCAACAGAACAGAAGUCCUGUGCCUUACAGCCCACCUAUAGAACCACCCAAAACCAAUAAUACCGCAUGGGGACAGAAAUCUGUGAAUCCUGAAGAACCGGCGCAGCCUAAAUUUCAGCUAAGGAGAGAUGGCAGCCAGAAUAAAUUCACAGCACCCGAGAAGACACCAGCAGCUCCGGAACCCCCGAAAUCAAGAUUUGGUACAAGUCCAGGGCUCGUCAACAGAGCUAAAGAAGGUUUGGCAGGAUCUGGUGCAACUCGAGCAGAACAAAAAUCGCCCCUGGGUCAGGAACUAAGAAAAUCAGCAAGUGGCGUCAAAGAAUUACAAUGGGAUCAAUUGAUGCAAACGAUGAGACGCCCUCUACGAAUUAAUGAUCUCGAUUUCACCGAUUUAGGGGAUGAAGACGAUGUUAGCAUUCUCAUGCGACCUGUUAAUGCUGCUCCAUUCCCAGGAGCCCCACCGCCUCCACCUAUGCCUGGUAAUGCUCCUCCUCCACCUCCCCCUCCCGGAAUGGGAGGACCUCCACCUCCGCCGCCACCUCCAGGCCUAGGUGGGCUACCUCCUCCUCCAGCAGCUCCAGCAAUGGGAUUAAACAGGAGUGGGCCUACUCCACCACCGUGGGUUAGAAGAAAUGUGCCUACCGCAAAUCAAGCAAAUAAACAAAAUGAACCAAAGUACAGCAAAUCGGUUAAGACAGUCAAGCUGUUUUGGAAGGAGGUGAAAGAAGAGCCAAUGCUAUUGGAAAGAUCCGGUAAAAAGAGAACUAUUUGGGACGAGUUGAAGCCGGUAGAAUUGGACGUGAAAAGACUUGAAAACCUUUUUGAAAACAAGGCUAAAGAUAUUAUGAGCAAGAAAGUUCAAGAAGGUGGCAAAAGGAGUGAGCUAAUAGUUUUGGACACAAAGCGCUCAAAUGCAAUAAACAUCGGCAUGACAAAACUACCUCCGAAGGGCGCUAUCAAGGCAGCUAUUUUGAAAAUGGACACCACCAUUAUGAAUAGAGAAGGCAUUGAGAAAAUACUAACCACCAUGAUGCCGACCGAAGAGGAAAAGAACAAGAUAAUGCAGGCACAACAAGCCAAUCCAGACAUUCCUUUGGGCUCGGCGGAGCAAGUUCUUCUGACUCUGGCUUCCAUAAGUGAAUUGGAAGCUAGAUUAAAACUUUGGGCUUUCAGACUUGACUAUGAAACGAUGGAAAAGGAGGUAGCAGAACCUUUGAUGGAUCUGAAACAAGCCAUAGUAGAAAUUGAGACAAGUAAAACCUUCCGCGCAGUACUAUCUACUGUACUAUCAAUAGGAAACUUUCUCAAUAAUUCUAAUGCUAAGGGAUUCAGCAUCGAGUAUUUGAGUAAAGUUCCAGAGGUCAAAGAUACUAUCCAUAAGCAUUCUCUGCUUCAUCACAUCUGCACUAUUGUGAUGGAGAAAUUCCCAGAUUCUACGAAUCUUUACUCGGAAUUUGGCGCAGUCACGCGAGCUUCCAAGGCAGAUUUUGAUGAAGUAGCGCAAAACUUAGUCAAAAUGGAAGCCGAAUGUAAAGCAUCAUGGGAAUACUUGAAAGCUGUGACGAAACACGACGGCAUACCCAUCAGUAAAUCUAGAUUAUGUGAUUUUCUAAAUGACUGUGCCGAAAGGAUCGUAGUACUAGGAAUAAUUCAUAGAAGAGUUCUGAACAGAUUCUACAAGCUGAUGGUUUACUUGGGAUUUCCAUCCCACGCUAUACGUGAGACCAAAGUCCACACCAUAUGCAAAAUCAUCAGCGAGUUUUCCUUGGAAUACAGAACUUGUCGAGAAAGAGUGCAACAACAGAUAGAGAAAGCCGCUGCUCUCAGGGAGAGAAACAAAACCAGAGGAAAGAUGAUUACAGAUAUGGAUAAAUUCCGUGCUCCUACAAAAGAACAGAAAGAGGACCGGCAACUCAGGCAGAUUUUAGGAGAGUCGGAUGCUGAAGAAGCUAAAAUGACACAGUGGGGAUCAAUGAUUAAUCUGAGAGGGCGGCCCAAAAAUUCACCAGGUGGAACUCUGAGUCGACCCAAUUCUGUGAUGAUGCUCGAACGAUGUGGAUAUUCAACUCCUUAUGAAAGCACGACAGAUAUAGACGAUGAAAUUCUGGAAAGUCUGGUCAAAACAGCUACAGCCCAGCCACACAGAACGGAGCCAAGAACAAGGAAGAAAGCUCGAUACGCAGAUAGAAAAUCAUUACGCAGAACGCUAAAGAGUGGCCUUGACAUUGGAGAUGGUACUGGAACGUGAAGAAUUCCAAGUAGCUUAUUGCAAGUUUAACAAAUUCAAAAAAGAGGGCUGUGUGUUACCAGGAACUGAAAAUGUGAUAAAUCCCAGUGAUGAAGCGAAUCACAGUGGAAAGAGAAAGGACUUUUUAUCACCUUUUGUUUUGUAUUUAUUUUAUAAGACUUAAAGAACUGUACCUGUAAUAUUUUUCGACUCCAUAUUUAGCCAAUUUAGCGAAACAGUUUCUUUGGAAAACUAUUUCCCAUGCUCAAGAUCACCAUAAACAAAAAUUAUAUACAACUAAUGACAGAACGAAGACAUUUUGUCAAAGGGUAAAUUUGAUAGCAAUUGAAAUAAUUAAGUUAUCUACCUUUUUCCAAAAAGAAAAAAAAAAGAAUCUCCGUUUCAGGUAAAGUAAUCAGAUGAAUGAACGUUGUAAAUCUUGCAACCUCCUUAAUCCUGAUGCUGCUGCAUUAAAAGACACUUAUACUCUGAUCUCCGAUUUACAUAAAUCAAAAAGCACUUAAUAUGAAAAUAUCAAAAACAGUAUUUGCGAUGAAUAGGUAUGUUGGUGUAAUUUUUUUCUUAAAAAAAAAAAAGGGUUAUGAAGCCCUGCGUGAUUCAAAAUAGAAUUCUGUAUUUACGAAUUAUAUAAAUUACUUUCAAGGUAAAAAUAUAUUAAUGUCACUUUAUGUAUUUUUGGGAAUCUUUUCUUCAGAAAAAUAUAAAUGAAGUAUAAAAUAUAGAAUAAAUUUGAGAAGAUAUGGUGAAACAGACUUGAAAUUUUUUGACAUACCUGAGCAGCAAAUGAACAGCAUAGCAAUAUAUAUGCUAACAUACAUAAUGUUACAUAAUCUAUAUUACAUAAACUUAUUAACCUUUUAACUGUCAUGCCCGAGAUUAUCUCGGGCACAGCACUGGUGUUUGAAAAUGUCACGUCUGAGUAUUUCUCGGACGUGACAUUUUCAAACAAAACUUUAAAAAUUUUACCCAUAUACUUCAAAAUAUCAAUUUUUAACUACUUAAGUAUAUUUUAUUUUGUACUAAACAUUUGAUUUUUCCAAUUAAAAAAUUUGACAAUUUGUGUACCCAAAUCAUCAAAAUAACUUAACAGUUAAAGGGUUAACUUAUAAUGUCACUAACUAAAAAAAUAAGUCUUUUCGAAAAAUCGGACCUGAAUUUAUCUAAGAAACUAACAGUUUUUCUAAGAUCGAUUGCUUAAAAAGUGCAGAAAUCUAUAUUUGAACCUAUCUUUACUCGAUUUUUACUAACUCAGUGAUAUAUUUUUGCCACCAUGGAAUAACGUGAUUAAAUCUGGUACACAGUGUUGUGAAAUUCCUGGAGGACAUUAACUUAUGCAAUGAUGCUAAGCAUGUAUUCAUUUACUCAGCUGAGUUACAGUCUGAAGCCACAACUAUUAAACUCUUAUAUCCAUUUCUUCUGAAUGUUAACCAUCUGUAAUUGGUGAUUUCACACAACUUGAAAUAAAUUUCAGUGAUGAAAGUACUCUCCGUUUUAGGUUAGAACUUGGCAUUUACAAAUGUCUAGCAGCAUUAUCUGCCUGAUGCAACAGCAUUUAUUACACAUUUCUUACAGAUGAUCUCAUCAAACAUCAAAAUUAAAAUCAUCAAUCUUUAAUAACUGAGAAACAUUAAAAUUUUUAAAAAAUGCUCGUACCCCCAAAAAAUUAUUCGGAUUUAAUCCCCCUUCUUUCGCAUUUUCGAACCUUUUUCUUCACACUAGUCAUGUGAAAUAUAUACAGAACUUAUUUUUAGUGUAUAUUUGUAUAAAGAUACUAAAUAUGGUAAUAAAGAAUAAUUAAAAUGAGAAA